AUGGCCUCCGAAACGACUCCCGAGGCCGCCGACAACGAGGCCGUCGACCGAGACAUGCGCAUCACCUUCGAUGACGGAGGUAAUGCUCGUGCCGGCCGCGGCAGGGCUCCUGGCCGCGAACGAGGAGAUGCGACUUCUCGAUCGAGAUCCCGCAGACACUCCUUGAGCCGGGCCUCGUCCGUCUCCCGCACUAGCCUUCCCACAUCGCCUUACUCGGGCGUCCAGAUUGAAUACCGCACGCUAUCCAUCCAUGUUGCCGAGUCUUGCAACAUCGAUACGGACGUGCCGGGAGACGCCAAGGCCAUCAAGGACGACCAAUGCUACUUUGCAAACAUCAACUACCACGAGCUCAGCGUCGCCCAGAUCUGCCAGCAGCUCAAUGUCGCCAAGGACCAAGGCCUGUCGGACGGUCCGGCGGCCGUCAGACUCCAGCGCGAUGGCAGAAACACGCUCCCCAGGGCCAAGACCAACUACACCAAGAAGAUUCUCGGGUACGUCUUUGGCGGCUUCUGCUCGGUCCUCUGGAUCGGCGUCAUCAUCUUCUUCAUCUGCUGGAGGCCCCUGAGCCACCCCCCCUCCGCCACCAACCUCGCCCUCGCCAUCUUGGUCAUAAUUGUCAUCCUGCUCCAGGCCGGUUUCUCGGCGUUCCAAGACUGGUCGACCCAGCGGACCAUGAAGUCGAUUACCGAUCUUCUGCCGUCUGAAGCCCUCGUGCUCCGCGAGGGACAGUUGAAGAAGAUGCCGGCCAUCGAGCUUGUCGCCGGCGAUAUUGUGCAUCUCCAGAUCGGCAACAAAGUGCCGGCCGAUCUCCGCCUCCUGAGCCAUUCUGGUGACAUCAGGUUCGAUCGCGCCGUCUUGACGGGCGAGUCGGACGAGGUUGAGGGUGCGGUUGAUGUGACGGAUCAAAACUUCCUUGAGAGCCGCAACAUUGCACUGAUGGGAACUCUGGUCGUGAACGGCAGCGGUGUCGGCAUGGUCGUCUUGACCGGACCUCGAUCCGUCAUGGGCCGUAUUGCCAAAGCUACAGCGUCUGCCGAGGAACGCCCAACCUUGAUCCAGAGGGAGAUUUGGCGUUUCGUCCGCAUUAUUGUCUGCCUGACAAUCGUCCUUGCCUUGCUGAUUCUCUUUACCUGGAUCGGCUGGCUGAGACGCGACCACUUCGCGUACAUGAACGUGGUUGCCAUGCUUAACAACGUCAUGGGAUGCGUCGUCGCCUUCAUCCCUGAAGGUAUGCCCGUGGCAGUCGCGCUUACCCUCAUGAUGGUUGCGCGCCGCAUGAAGGCUGUCAGCAUCCUGCCCAAGGGCCUUUCGACUGUCGAGACGCUCGGCUGCGUCAACGUCAUCUGCUCCGACAAGACCGGCACAUUAACGCAGAACCAGAUGCAUGUUAGCUCGGCAUCGUUCGUCGACGAGGUAGUUGCGCUGCCAAACUUUCACCUCAACUCAGAUGGCGAAACCACAGAGGCGUGCAUCUUGAAGUUGUAUCAAGCCGCUUUGCUCUGCAACGACGCGACCUUUGACCCGGCCUCCCUCCACUUGCCUGUCGCCAACCGACAGGUUCAAGGCAACGCAACUGACGCUGCGGUACUCCGGUUCGCCUCGACAGUGAGGAACGAAAAGGAGGCGACGACGCUACCGCGAGUGUUCCAGGUUCCGUUCAAUUCCAGGAACAAGUGGAUGCUUACCAUGCACCGCGAGCCUGAGACGGACGAGGCCACUAAGGAAUACCGCGUCUUUGUCAAGGGCGCCCCCGACGUGCUUCUGCCUGCUUGCACCAAAACUUCCUUUAAGAACUACCAGGACACGCUGUCGAAGAAUGCCGAGCGCGUUAUUGUUCUCUGCGAGAAGACUAUGAUUCCUACCCAAGCCUUGAACACCAAUGCCUUUAGCGACGAAGUUGUCCGCAAUGCCAUAAGCGAACUCACCGUGGUUGGUAUUCUUGGAAUCAUUGAUCCUCCCCGACCCGAGACGGCAGCGACCGUCGCCGAGUGCCGCCGCGCUGGCGCAAGAUUCUUCAUGGUCACUGGCGACUACGGCCUCACGGCUGCCGCCAUCGCUCGCAACACUGGCAUCUUCACGGGAGAGGCGGAUCCAGAUACGGCGGAAAUGAUAAAGUCGAACUUGGGGAUGUCGGCCGAGGCGAUGCGCCAGGCACGAGCAAGCGGUGACCGAACUAGCUUGCUGCUUGAAGGACCCUCGUUGGCGAUCUUGACACCAGAUGACUGGAACAUUGUGUGUGAAUAUGACGAGAUCGUCUUCGCACGCACGACGCCUGAGCAGAAACUGCGCAUUGUAAACGAGUUUCGCAAACGAGACAAUGUCGUCGCAGUUACUGGCGACGGCGUCAACGACGCACCGGCCCUCCGGGCAGCUGAUGUUGGUGUCGCGAUCGUGACCGGCAGCGAUGUGGCCAUCGAGGCCGCAGAUCUGAUCCUGCUGGACAAAUUCGACUCCAUCGUCGAAGCUAUCCGUCUGGGCCGUCUCGUCUUCCAGAAUCUGCAAAAGGUCAUUGCCUAUCUGCUCCCGGCAGGUAGUUGGUCCGAGAUCUGGCCCGUGCUAUUGAAUGUCUUCUUCGGCGUGCCGCUGCCGCUGAGCUCGUUCCUCAUGAUCAUCAUCUGUGUCUUCACUGAUCUUUUCCUGUCGCUGUCGCUGAUAAUGGAGAAGGAGGAGUUCAACCUUCUUUCGCUGCCGCCACGCAACCACAAGCGAGACCACCUCAUCACCGUCAAGAUAUACAUCCAGGCGUACCUGUUCACGGGAACCAUGGAGACGGUCAUUGCGCACGCCAUGUUCUUCCUUUACUACUGGAAAAAGGCCGGCAUUCCGAUUGGGCAGAUGUUCUUCUUGUUUGAGGGGUACUCGGAAGGCUUUCAUGGAUACUCGGCGAAUGACCUGACGGCGUUCAACGCGACAGGCCAGUGCGUCUACUUUGUGACGCUGGUUAUUCUGCAAUGGGGCAACAUAUUGGCGGUGCGAAACCGUCGCCUUAGCAUCUUGCAGGCCGAUCCGUUCACCAAGAAGAGGCGGAACCCAUGGCUGCUUCUCAGCAUGGGGGUCAGUCUUGUCAUUGCCAUCUUUGUCACGGAGGUGCCAGGCAUACAGACUCUGUUCGGCACGGCGUCGGUCCCCAUUGAGUUUUGGGUCAUUCCGAUCCCGCUGGCGCUUGCGGUGCUCUGCAUGGACGAGAUCCGGAAACUGGUCGUCCGCCUAUUACCGAACGGACCCGUGGCCAAAAUAGCUUGGUGA